AAGUAAGUCACGCCUGAGCCAAACGUAAAGGAUCGCAGACGAGAAGUGGAAUCUAUGUCAUGUGUGGGUUGUAGUCUCAGCCCCCCUCUCUGCCGAAUUGAAGCUCUUUGUUGAGAAAUGCUGCUGCGCUCAAGUGCAAGAAUGGCCUCCAACCUCAGCCUCUUCUCUGAGGAUAACUUUCUUUGUCCAAUCUGCCUGGACACGUUCACUCAACCAGUCUCCACACCGUGUGGACACAACUUCUGCAAAUCCUGUCUCUCAUCCUACUGGAACAACGAGCGCGUCUGUCGGUGCCCGGUCUGCAAGGAAACGUUUGAGAGGAGACCCAAUCUCAAGGUCAACACUUUCAUUGCGGCGCUCGCCUCGCAGUUCUCGUUGCUUCACGUGAGGGACGCCCACGCCUGGAGCGCGGGCCAACGGCCGGCUGACUCUGGCUGCGCAGUGCUGUGCGAUGUUUGCACCGACACCCAGCAAGAGGCUGUCAAAUCCUGCUUCGAGUGCCUGACCUCCUACUGCGGCGCUCAUCUGGAGCCUCACCAUCGGGCCGUCGGCCUGAGGGCACACACGCUGGUCGACCCUGUGGCGAGCCUGACGGACAGGAUCUGCAAGGAGCACUUCCGCCUCCUCGCACUGUUUUGCAUGACUGAUAAAGGUUUGCUGUGUGACGCCUGCGCCGGGUCGCGGCACGGGAGCCACGAUGUUGUUCCUGUGCAGGACGCGUACAGAGAGAUGAGGGAGCUGCUGGACGCCACGGAGGCGCGAGUGCAGCAGAUGAUCCAGGAAAGGCAACAGAAGCUGCAGGUCAUGGAGGAGUCGGUAAAACUAAGCAAGAGGGAAACCAAAGAUGUGAUAGCAAACUGCGCGCGGGAACUGACAGCACUGGUGUCUGAGGUUCAGAAGAGCCAGGCGGAGCUCGUGGAGGUGAUCGAGGAGAAGCAAAGAGCAGCGGAAGAACAAGCGGAGGGUUUUAAAAGCACCAUGGAGCGGGAGCUCGCCGAGCUGCGGGGGACCGAGACGAGGCUGAAGGAGAUGAAACAGACCGAAGACCAGCUCCGCUUCCUCCGGAGCUUCCCGGACGGAUCCCUCCUGCCACGCGCCACCGACGUGUCCGCGUUCAGCUUCGACAGACGCCGGGAGAUCCGCCACACGCAGAAAUCUCUGAGCGGCGGCGCCUCUCAACUGCGAAAGCUGCUGGAUAAAAUGAGCACGGAGGUGGCCGCGUUCUCCGCGUCCGCCGCCGCCGCGCUGAGGUGCCUUCAGCAGUAUGAGGUGAGCGUCUCGCUCGACCCUGACACGGCGCACCCCCGGCUAGUUUUGUCCGACGAUGGGAGACAGGUGCGAUACGGCCCGGGCUCGGGUCUGCGGGGGAUCCAGAACCCGAGCCCAAGCAUGUUCACGAAACAUCUCGCGGUUCUGGGGCGAAGGGGCUUCUCGUCGGGCAAGUUUUACUUUGAGGUGUUCGCGGGCCAAAAGACCGAGUGGUGUCUGGGUGUGGCCGCGGCUUCGAUCCAGAGGAGAGCGGUACUCGCCCGCGGGCCUCACUCUGGACUCUGGGCCGUCUGGUUCCUGGAGGACAAGUUUGAAACCUUCAGCUGUCCGGGCGUGGCGGUGCACUCGGGGAGAGUGGAGAGGGUCGGCGUGUUUGUGGAUUACGACGAGGGCCAAGCGUCGUUCUAUGACGUACAGAGCGCCGCGCUCAUUCACUCGUUCACCGAUUGUUUCUUCCGCGAGGAGCUUUAUCCAUAUUUGAACCCCUGUGAUAAUGAAUAUGGCUCAAACUUGGAUCCGAUGGUCAUCGUCCCUGUCAGUCGUACGGAGGCUCCUCAGACUCGGUGAUUUGCGGGUCGGUUACUAAAAUGCAACGGAUGUGUUUGAUUUCAAAGGUAUACAAGGAGCAUUAGAGCCGUUGUGGGCGCAGGUUUCGGCAAUGAAGUUGCAAUGUUGUAAUAUUGCAAGAAAAAAAGUUAUUAUGAUAUGACGUCAUUUUAGGCCAAAAAAAUGUCUAUUAAUUAUAACCGACUAAAUGAUUAAUCGAUUAAUCACACAGUGUUUAUGUUUUCUUUUGAAAGUGAUAUUUAGCAAUGAGGCAUAUAUCUACCAGCCUCUUUGUUGUGUGAUAGAUUCUUAAUUCAUACACUACAAUAACAUAUUUGUGUAAUUUAAAUCUCAGUUAUUUUCUCUCAUGUUCAUUUUGUUUGUUUGUAUGUAGUUGGUCUGUGUUGGUGUGUUUGGCCAAAUUAAUAAAUAAACAAUGUGUUUUAGGCUGUAUAUGCUGUGUAACGGUAAUCAAACUUUUAUGUCAGCUUGAUGAAAUUUUAAUAAAGUAAAAAAAAAAAAGUCAUUACGUAAGUAAA